UGAGAUUUCGAUAUGAGGCGAUUCUUCUGGUGUUGAUCACGAGGUGAUACGAGAUAAUGGAUUUCUUUUUCAUAUAUAAUUCUUUUUCUGUAUGGAGAUAUGGAGAUAUGGAUUUUGCUUUUCGUUCUGACUAGUGGAGUAGUUGGUGCCUGGCUCUGGAGUGAUGUUGCGAUGGGAAGGAAUUGGAAUUGGAAUUGGGAAUUUGGAAUGGAAAAAAAUUGCCGUGUCUCUUUUUUGUUAUUUUUGUGUCUUUACUAUCAAGGGCUUGUUCCUUUUAUUUCGUCGGAGAUAUAUAUAUCCCUGUGUUUUCAGGAGGCUUGUCCCUGUUGUUUUCUCUGUGCUUGUUACUCGUUUCCUUUUGGUCUGUGGGGGUUGAGGUUGGGUUAUAUAUAUAGGUAUCUUUCUAUCUACCUUGCGUGUGAGAUGUAUUUUGAGUAUUGUUGCUUUCUAUUUACUAUUCAGUCUGUCUUGUCAGGCGUUCCCUUAAAUCGUUUUAUUCUUAGACAUUAUUCUAGGAUGUCGGGCUCGUGUCCCUUUUCUUCCCGCGUCCCGACAAGUGCUGAUGGCCUGGGGGUGGUUGUGUCUGAGGGUGUCCAAGGUGUUUGGGAGCCGCGUGGCAUUUAGCCUCAAUCGAGACGAGCCCAAAGGCUGGGGUACAGAAUAUAUAUGUAUAUAUGUGUGUGCACCUGGUCAGUCGGGCGUGCGAAUAGCCGGAUGGAGAAGGUGUGAAUGAACGAGGAUAGGCAAGUGCAUGUAUGUAUGUCUAGUUCCAUGUACCGUGUCUAUCGGUACUGAUCUAGGUGUUGCAGGGGGAGCUGGAGAUGAGAAGGUAUUUAUGAUAUUUUUUCUUCCUUUUUUCUUCUCAGAAGAAAAAGAAAAAGAAAG